UACCCACCCAAGUUUACAGGCUCCGACUAAAAUAAAUUCGGAUCUAACCCGACCCGGUAAAACCAAUCCCAAAUUUUACUCCGUCGUGAACGCAUCAAAAGCCAGAAAUUUUCUUCCUCCAAUCUCGCACUCUUCGCUUCCAUACUCCCCAAAUCGAUUCGUUUGAUUUUUCCAAAAUCAGAAGAUGAAGCUAACGGACGAUAACGAAGAGGUUACGAUGAACGGAACUCGAGAAGUGGAGACGGCGGAGGAGGAUAUAUCGUCGCCGUGUUCGCUAGUGAUCGAAGCGUUUCCGGUGAAGAGAUCGAUUAUUGUAGGUUAUGCUCUUACAUCGAAAAAGAUAAAGAGCUUUUUGCAACCAAAACUCGAAGGUUUAGCUAGGAAUAAGGGGAUAUUAUUUGUGGCAAUAGAUCAGAAUAGGCCACUUUCAGAGCAGGGUCCGUUUGAUAUUGUGUUGCAUAAGCAAAUUGGAAAAGAAUGGCGUCGAAUUCUUGAGGAAUUUAGGCUAGCACAUCCAGAUGUCACAGUUCUCGAUCCUCCAGAUGCAAUACUACAUCUCCGUAAUCGUCAGUCAAUGCUUCAGUGUGUUGCGGACAUGAAUCUGUCUGAUAGUUAUGGACGAGUGGGUGUGCCCAAGCAAUUGGUAAUUAAAAGGGAUGCAUCCUCAAUCCCGGAGGCUGUCAAUAAAGCUGGGCUGAGACUACCUCUUGUUGCAAAGCCAUUGGUUGCUGAUGGAAGUGCAAAGUCACAUGAACUUUCUCUGGCUUAUGACCAGCACGCCGUUCUGAAGCUCGAGCCUCCUCUUGUUCUUCAGGAGUUUGUUAACCAUGGUGGUGUUCUUUUCAAAGUUUAUAUUGUUGGGGAAGCAAUUAGAGUGGUCCGGCGUUUCUCCCUGCCUGAUGUCUCUAGGCGAGAACUCUCCGAAGCAGCUGGUGUAUUCAGAUUCCCCCGGGUCUCUUGUGCUGCAGCUUCAGCUGAUGAUGCAGAUUUGGACCCGAACAUUGCUGAGCUUCCACCACGUCCUCUGUUGGAGAGACUUGCAAAGGAACUCCGUCGUGGAUUGGGUCUACGGCUGUUUAAUUUAGACAUAAUUAGAGAGCACGGGACAAGAGAUCGGUUUUAUGUAAUUGACAUCAACUAUUUCCCAGGGUACGGAAAGAUGCCAGAGUAUGAGCAUGUAUUCACUGAUUUCUUACUGAGUGUGAUACAAAGCCAAUGCAAGAAACGAGCCUUGGCCGAUCAAUACUAACUCACGGAGAUACCAUUGUUCCUCACUAAAGAAAAAAACCAAAAAUGAAGAUUAGUCUAUGCAGUUUUUUUCUGUACAGGACAAAGCACCGAUUUCCCUCGAUGUUGUUCUUUAGCUUCAUUGUGCUGUACAAAGAACAAUGGAAGAUUGCAUUAAACGAAAAUCCUUGGACCUUUGGAGAUUUAAGGAUAGAGAAUUGUCUGAAUCUCAUGACAAUGUCUCCAUAUCAAAAAGUGAAUAGACCGUUAUGUCCCCCAACUUCUCUCACUCAAAUGGGCAAUGGCCUUUGAAGAGUUCCUCUUUUCACUAUGUGACUGCUCCUAUCUUUUGAUUUGGUUGGCUUUGUACUAUUUUGACCUUUAAAUAUCCUUUCUUUUGGUUUUAAUCUGCUUCUAUCUUUUGAUCA